AUGCCCAGAGCAGAUGCCGCCGGCAGAGCCUUCGGCUUCCCGGAGCAGAAGGAGUGGGUCUGGUCUUCCCAGCCGCAGCUGCAGGAGCUGCUUUCUGCACAGCUGGAGCACUUGGUGCAUGCCGAGGCCCGAGGAAGUGGGUGCCAACCGCCGAGUCGUAAAGGAAUUAACACAACCACAGGGCAGGGGCAACAGGUUGAUGCACAGGAGAAACAAGUAUUAGAAGAUCUGGAAAUGCCCCUGGCAAGGAAAGAAACCGAGACCCUCUUCCAAGAGCAGCCUGAGACUGGGAACCAGUAUUUGGAAGAUGCUUUGCUUCGGGGUUACUUGAAGACGCACCUUCCUCCCAAGGUACUGGAGGAGGUGAAUCAGGACCUGGAGAGAUUUGGAAACCGUCUGCUAACCCAGAUCAAACCUCUAGGGUGGGAAUGUGAGUUGAACCCCCCUGUGUUUCGGCAGUAUGAUGCCUGGGGGCGGCGGGUGGAUCGCAUCGUCACCUGCUCGGCCUGGAGGAGGAUGAAGGAGAUUGCGGCAGAAGAGGGGCUGAUUGCUGAGGCCUACGAGAGAAGAUACUCCAACUGGAGCCGUCUGCAUCAGGCUGUCAAACUGUACUUAUUUUCAAGCUCCUCUGGAGGUUUCAACUGUCCGCUGGCCAUGACUGAUGGGGCAGCCAAAGUCAUUGAGUCACUAGGUAUUCCUGGAUCUCUGAAAAACGCUUUUGACCACCUGACGUCCCGUGACCCCAAGAAGUUCUGGACCUCUGGCCAGUGGAUGACCGAGCGCAGGGGAGGCUCUGAUGUUGCUAACGGCACUGAGACGGUGGCCAGAAAGCAGCCAGAUGGUUCAUAUCGUCUCUAUGGUUUUAAAUGGUUUACAUCGGCUGCUGAUUCUGAUGUGACAUUAACCCUGGCCAGGGUAGCGGAUGCUGAAGGACAAGUAAAACAGGGUUCCAGUGGCCUGUCCCUGUUCUUCCUGAAGGUUCGAGACGAGGAGGGGAAGCUGAACAGCAUCCAAGUGCAAAGGCUGAAAGACAAGUUGGGCACACGGCAGAUGGCAACAGCAGAGCUAUGGCUAGAUGGAGCUCCAGCAGAGCUGAUCUCUGCAGAGGGUCGUGGAGUGGCCUCCAUCUCCAACAUGCUGAACAUAACUCGGAUCCACAAUGUCAUUGGUGCAGUAGCUUCCAUGAGAAGGAUGAUCAGCCUGAGCAGGGAGUACGCCCGUAGGCGGGUUGCCUUUGGGAAGCUCCUCAAGGACCAUCCCCUGCACAUGCAGACGAUAGCCCGGAUGGAGGUGCAGACGCGAGGGGCGUUUCUUCUGCUUAUGGAGAUCGUUCGUCUCCUUGGACUUGCAGAAACCAACAUGGCAAGUGAGGAAGACCAGCUUCUCUUGAGACUGCUGGUACCAGUCGCCAAACUGUACACUGGGAAGCAGGCUUCUGCUGCUGUUAUUGAGGGAAUGGAGAGCUUUGGAGGACAAGGUUACAUGGAGGAUACAGGCUUGCCAGUCAUAGUCCGCGAUACUCUGGUGCUGUCCAUAUGGGAGGGAACAACAAAUAUCCUGUCACUUGAUGUCCUGCGAUCCCUCUCCAAGAGUCGAGGACAGGUGAUGGCUGUGUUCUUCUCCUCAGUGCAGAAAAAACUGGAGCUGACUUCGAGCACUGCGAAACUGGAACCCGCCGUGAAGCAAAUGCGGGAUGCCGUCACCGGUCUUGCACAGUUCAUGCAAGGAGCCGGUUCAAGGGGGGCGGUGACCACAGAGCUGGCAGCAAGAGACUUCUCCUACACCCUGGCAAGGAUCUACGCAGGAGCUCUUUUAAUUGAGCACGCAGCUCGGCCUGAUGCUUCCUCCACAGACAUCUCCGCUGCUCGAAGGUGGUGCAACCAGGAGCUGUGUCCUGUGGCCACAGAGUCGGGCAACGGGAGCUACGAGGCCGAGGAAGCGCUCGCGGACAGCGCGCUGGUGUACGAGGGCUGCCCCGCUGGCGGCAGCAGGCUGUGA